CUUUUCCUGCCGGACUUUUUGCUGCAUGGCGGCGGCGGAGGACACAAAGAGCUGAGGCCGAGCGCAGACCGUCACACAGCAGCAGCACAGCCGGGAGACGAGCUGCGGACGCGGCCUGGAGCUUUCGAACCGCCGCUGCUGGGAUCCCCGCCGCUUCCUGCGGGACUUUCCUCCACAAACUGACCGGAGAGUCGCGGAAACUUUGGACGAGUUCACGGAGAGUUCGAGCGUUCAGGGGCGGAAAAAAUGCCGAGUUUGAUCCGGGCUCUGGUGGCCUGGAGCCUGGUGGCGGCGGUGUGUGUCCGCGCCGCCAUGGACGAGUGUUCGGACGAGCAGGGCCGCCCGCAGCGCUGCAUGCCGGAGUUCGUUAACGCCGCGUUCAACGUGACGGUGGCGGCGACCAACACCUGCGGCUCUCCGCCCGAGGAGUACUGCGUCCAGACCGGCGCCACCGGGGUCACCAAGUCCUGCCACAUCUGCGACGCCCGGGACCCCCGGAACCACCACAGCGCCGUGUACCUGACCGACUACAACAACCAGCAGGAGACCACCUGGUGGCAGAGCCAGACCAUGCUGGCCGGGAUCCAGUACCCGAACUCCAUCAACCUCACCCUGCACCUCGGUAAAACCUUCGACAUCACCUACGUCCGGCUCAAGUUCCACACCAGCCGGCCGGAGAGCUUCGCCAUCUACAAGCGCAGCAGCGAGGGCGCCCCCUGGGUCCCCUACCAGUACUACAGCGGCUCCUGUGAGAAAACCUACCAGAAGGCGAGCCGCGGCUUCAUCCGGACCGGCGAGGACGAGCAGCAGGCGCUCUGCACCGACGACUUCAGCGACAUCUCGCCGCUCACCGGAGGAAACGUGGCGUUUUCCACCCUGGAGGGCCGACCGAGCGCCUACAACUUCGACCACAGCCCCGUCCUGCAGGACUGGGUGACGGCCACCGACAUCAGAGUGACCCUGAACAGGCUCAACACGUUCGGAGACGAAGUUUUCAACGACCCCAAGGUCCUCAAGUCGUACUAUUACGCCAUCUCCGACUUCGCCGUGGGCGGAAGGUGUAAGUGUAAUGGCCAUGCCAGCGAGUGCUUGAAGAACGGCGGAGGGCGUCUGGUGUGUAACUGCAAACACAACACCGAGGGCGACGACUGCAACGUGUGCAAACCGUUCUUCAACGAUCGGCCGUGGAGGAGGGCGACGGCCGACAACGCCAACGAGUGUCUGGCCUGCAACUGUAACGGGAAGAGCUCUGAGUGCUACUUCGAUGCCGAGCUGUACCGAGCCACCGGACACGGAGGCCACUGCAGGAACUGCGCCGACAACACCGACGGGCCGAACUGCGAGCGUUGCCUCGACUACUACUACCGAGACCAGAGCGGCAGCCGCUGCCUGCCCUGCAGCUGCAACAGCGUUGGCUCAGAGUCUCCUCAGUGCGACAACAGAGGAGUCUGUGCUUGUAAACCAGGAGUGACCGGAGAGAAGUGCGACCGAUGCCAGCCGGGAUUCCACAGCCUGACCGAGGCCGGCUGCAGGCCUUGUUCCUGCUCUCCGUCCGGCAGCACGCAGGAAUGCGACGUCAACACCGGACAGUGUCGCUGCAAAGACAACGUGGAGGGCUUCAGCUGUGACAGGUGUAAACUGGGCUACUUCAACCUGGACCCCAACAACCCUCAGGGCUGCACCGCCUGCUUCUGCUUCCAGCACUCGUCGGUGUGCGACAGCGCCGAGGGCUUCAGCGUCCACGCCGUCACCUCGUCCUUCAGCAGAGAUGACGAACAGUGGACGGCUCAGCAGCGGGACGGAUCCAGCGUCUCGGUCCAGUGGUCGCCCAGCGGACAGGAAAUCUCCCUCAUCUCAGACGACUACUUCCCCAUGUACUUCGUCGCUCCAGAGAAGUUCUUGGGGAACCACAUGCUGAGUUAUGGACAGAACCUGACGCUGAACUUCCGGGUGGACCGACGCGACACCCGUCUGUCGGCCGAGGAUCUGGUUCUGGAGGGAGCCGACCUGCGGGUCGCCGUGCCGCUCAUCGCCCAGGGCAACGCCUAUCCCAACGAGAACAUGCAGACAUACGUGUUCAGGCUCCAUGACAGCACAGAUUACCCCUGGAGGCCGUCCAUCAGUCACUCCGACUUCCAGAAACUUCUUCACAACCUGACAGCCAUCAAGAUCCGCGGCACCUACAGCGAGAGGAGUGCUGGUUACCUGGACGACGUCUCCUUGGUGACGGCCAGGCGGGGUCCAGGUGUGCCGGCCCGCUGGGUGGAGCAGUGCACCUGUCCUCAGGGUUACCAGGGGCAACACUGUGAGCAGUGCACUCUGGGAUACCGCCGGGCCCAACCCAAACUCGGAGCCUUCAGCUCCUGUGAGCCCUGCAACUGCAACGCACACAGCGACGCCUGCAACGCGGACACUGGUGCAUGUGACUGUCAACACAACACGGCCGGGUUGAGCUGUGAGCGUUGUAAGGACGGUUUCUACGGCGACGCCACCCAGGGGACGUCAGCUGACUGUAAACCGUGUCCCUGUCCGGCCGGAGCCACCUGCGCCGUCGUCCCAAAGACCAGGGAGGUUGUUUGUACCAACUGUCCCGCCGGAACCACAGGUAAACGUUGCGAGCUCUGCGACGACGGCUUCUUCGGCGACCCGCUGGGUCAGAGCGGACCGGUCCGUGCCUGCCGGGCCUGCAAGUGCAGCGACAACAUCGACCCCAACGCCGUCGGCAACUGCAACCGCGAGACCGGAGAGUGCCUCAAGUGCAUCUACAACACUGACGGCUUCUUCUGCGACCGCUGCAAGGAGGGUUUCUACGGCAACGCGCUGGCCGCCAACUCCGCAGACAAAUGCAAACCUUGUUCCUGCUCUCCGUUGGGGACGGUGGGUCGACAGACCGGCUGUUCUCAGGUCACCGGUCAGUGUCAGUGUCUUCCCAACGUGGCCGAACGCGACUGCAGCAUCUGUCAGCCCGGAUUCUUCAACCUACAGAGCGGCAACGGCUGCGAGCGGUGUAACUGUAAUCCGAUUGGCUCCACCAACGGUCAGUGUGACAUCACCAGCGGUCAGUGCGAGUGUCAGCCGGGCGUCACCGGACUCCACUGCGAACGCUGCGAAGGCAACUUCUUCGGCUUCAGCUCGUCUGGAUGCAAACCUUGUGACUGCGACCCUGAAGGCUCCCAGUCGGGUCAGUGUAAGGAGGACGGUCGCUGCGAGUGUCGGCCUGGAUUUGUGGGAGCUCGCUGCGACAUGUGUGAGGAGAAUUACUUCUACAACCGCUCAGCGCCGGGCUGCCAGCAGUGUCCGUCCUGCUACAGUCUGGUCCGGGACAAGGUGAACCAGCAGAGGCAGAAGCUUCACGACCUGCAGACUCUGAUCGACAACCUGGGCUCGGGUCAGGAGACCGUCAGCGACAAGGCCUUCGAGGACCGGCUGAAGGAGGCAGAGCGAGCCAUCAUGGAGCUGCUGGAGGAGGCUCAGACCAGCAAAGAUGUGGACCGCGGCCUGCUGGACCGACUCAACGGCAUCAACAGCACUCUGACCACACAGUGGAACCGGCUGCAGAGCAUCCGCAACACGGUGGACGACACCGGAACGCAGGCCGACCGGGCCCGAAGCCGAGUCCGCGAUGCUGAGAGCCUGAUCGACCGAGCCCGGCAGGAGCUGGACAAGGCCAAGGACGCCGUAGGCAAAGUGGACAUCAAACCUCCCGGCGGCGGCACAGAACCCAACAACAUGACGCUGCUGGCUGAGGAGGCUCGAAACCUGGCCGACAAACACAAGAUGGACGCCGACCAGAUUGAGAAGAUCGCCAAAGACGCCAACGACACGUCGACCAAAGCGUACAACCUGCUGCUGAAAACUCUGGAUGGAGAAGGAAAGACGAGCCAGGAGAUCGAAGAGCUCAACAAGAAGUACAACGAGGCGAAGGAACUGGCCAAGAAUCUGGAGAAACAGGCCAACAAGGUGAAGGCCGAGGCUGAAGACGCUGGAGACAAAGCUCUGAAGCUGUUCGCCAACCUGACCAGCCUCCCGGUGUUCGACACCAAGGCCCUCGAGGACGAAGCCAGUAAGAUCAAGAAGGAGGCGUCGGAUCUGGACAAGCUGAUUGAUAAGACGGAGAAGGAAUACAACGACCUGAGAGACGACCUGAAGCCUAAAGAGCUGGAAGUCCGCAAGCUGCUGGAGAAGGGCAAGAGUGAGCAGCAGACUGCAGACCAGCUGUUGGCUCGAGCCGACGCUGCCAAAGCUCUGGCCGAGGAGGCGGCGAAGAAAGGCCGGUCGACAUUCAAGGAGGCUGAGAACAUCCUGGACGACCUGAGAGACUUCGACAAGAGAGUCAAUGACAACAAGACGGCGGCUGAGGAAGCCAUGAAGAAGAUUCCCAUCAUCAACGCCACCAUCAUGGCCGCCAACGAGAAGACGAGGCAGGCGGAGGCGGCGCUCGGAAACGCCGCCGCCGACGCCCGGGAGGCCAAGAACAAGGCAGAGGAGGCGGAGCGGAUUGCCAGCAACGUGCAGAAGGGAUCCGCUAAGACCAAAGAAGACGCAGAGAAGGCUUUUAAAGACACAAACAAACUGGACGAUGAAAUCGACAACAUGAUCGAGCAGCUGAGCGCCGCCGAGCAGCAACUGGCCAAGAAGAAGGCCGAAGCAGACAACGACAUGAUGAUGGCAGGAAUGGCAUCGGAUAACGCGAAGGAGGCCGAGGAUAACGCCCGCAAGGCCAAGAGCACCGUGAAGACGGUCCUGAAGAUCAUCACGAAUCUGAUGGAUCAACUCGGAAACAUCGACAAAGUGGAUCUGAGCAAACUGAACCAGAUCGACGAGUCCCUGAAGAAGGCGAAGGGCAAGAUGGCCGACAGCGAUCUGGACAAGAAGCUGGCGGAGCUGAACGACGUGGCCAAGACCCAGGAGGACAUGAUCAACGACUACGACCGGCAGAUCCGCGAGAUCCGCGCAGACAUCACCAACCUCAACGACAUCAAGAACACGUUACCAGAAGGCUGCUUCAACACGCCAUCUCUGGAGAAGCCUUAGCCCCGCCCACCACCUCCUAGGCCCCGCCCCCACACUCCCCCGCUCACGUCUAACACUCCGGCGAACACGCCGACUUUUACCAAAACAGUUUUUUAAACUUUUUCAGAUUCUUGUCUUUGUUUUUCUUUUGCGAGAGAGAGCCAACAUUUCUCGGCGUUCAGCGGAGAGAAGCAGCUGUUCUUGUUUGUCUUGAGGUUUUUUUGUCGAGACGCAGUGACGUGGUUUCGGUAGAAUGAACUCAGCGGCGCCGAGAAGCCGUGCAGCGAGGUGGAGAGCCUCGGAGAACCAGAACCACAAACCCGACGUGACUGCAGCCGUCUGCUCCGACGCAGAAACAGGAAGCUUCCAGCCGUUACCCAUCAUGCCCGGCGACACUUCCAGCUCCACACUGUUUUAACGCCUUCCUCUUUCACACCAGCCAUGUUUCCAGAACACACUGAAGGAAUCCUCUCCUGUUUGAUCUUCUUCUUCUUCUCACCCAAAGCUACGCGUCGACACAAAGCGGCAGGAACUCCUCCUUCCUACGACAGUAUUUCACCUCCAGCAGGUGGCGUUGUUGAGUAAAAGCCACACAAACUCUGCUGCUGCACACGAAGCCUCCGAGUCCUGAAAUAAUCCGAGAUUAAAACUCCACACGUCCGCGAAGUCUGGAAACAAGUUUGAAUCGAGUUCUACCAAUUUAUCAUCAACUUUUUUAUGUUGGACCAGAUUUACCGUCUGGUUCUCUGGAUGUCGAGUUCAAGUUAAAGUCCAUAAAUUCUGGAUGUUGUGGGAAAAAGAUAAAAUAAAAUCUGUUCCUAUGUCGCACAUAGAUGAUCGUCCUUUUCCCAGAGAUACAGAUCUUCAAUUGUGGAAACGCAAGAUGAAGUUCUUGAUGUUACUAAGAUAUAAGAUGCACAGCAUCCAAGUUUGUUGGUACAAAGGUACAUGUUGUUAAAACCAAAUAUUAAGACCCAUAUGAAAGCAUCCAUCUCUGUGGGUUUCAGUUUAUUAUCUGAAAGUUCAAGAUGUGAUCUUGGGUUUGGAUCUUGUGGGAACCAGAUAGUAACUUGUGCACAAAAGGUUUCGUCUUGUUUCGAAGAUCCAUGUCUUCUGGGAGCCUGUUAUCGUGUUGCGUAGAGAAGAUCUCUUUUUGCAACUUUAGACCUGUUGGAACUUCCAACAGGUCUAACGUUUCAGGGAACAACAUCCAACCUUCUGCACACAAGUUUUCUAUUGUUCCCAGGAGUUCUGGGUCUUUGGUUUGGAUCUUGUGGGAACCAGACAGUAACAUGUGCCUCCAAUGAUUCGUCUUGUUUCUGGCAGUAAGUUCCCAGAGAUCCAGAGUUUAAGGGAACAAGGUCAAGUCCUUUUCUUCCAGGUCAUAUCUUGUUCCCAGGAGGUCUGGAUGUUGGGUUUGGAUCUUGUGGGAACAAGAUGGCAACUCAUGCAGACAAGGUUUAGUCUUCUUUCAAAGAUCUGCAUCUUCUGUUCUGAAGAUAUGUUGCACCAAGUAGGUAUCUUUGCAGUAAGUUCCCAGAGGUCAAAAAUUUAAGGGAACAAGAUCAAAUCUUCUGUAUACAGGGUUCAGUCUGUACCCAGGAGAUCUGGAUCAGGUUCUUGUCGGUGGACGGUAACAUCUUUGGAUUAUUCAGGUGCAAAACGAUCUUGUACAUGAUAUGAUGUUGUUCCCUUAAACUUCUGAACUUGCGAGAGAGAUUAUAGGGAACAAGAUGAAAUCUUCUGCACACAAGUUAUCGUCUAGUUCCCAAGAGAUCUGGAUCUUGUAGGAACAAGAUAGCGACAAGGUUUUGCCUCAUUUUGACAAGAUGCAGAUCUUUUGCGAGCAUCUUUUGUUGCACAGAGCAGAUAUCUUUGCAGUAAGUUUCCUGAAAUCUGACAUUUUAGGGAACAAGAUUAGAUCGUCUGCAUACAGGUUACAUCCAUGAGAUCUGAGUCUAGUUUCUCGUCCAGCAAGGUGACAUCUGCAGAUUAAGAUACAAGAUUAUCUUGUUUGUGUCGGAUAUGAUGUUCCCUUAAACUUUUGAUCUUGAGAUGCACAUUUUAAGGGAACAAGAUGAAAUACAAGUUAUCCUCUUGUUCCUCUGGAGUUUGGAUUUUGUGUGUAAGUUGCUAUUUUUAUUCCACAACUUCUAAAUCUUCUACUGGCAGUAAAGUUCCCAGAGAUCUGUAGUUUCAGGGAACUAAUAAAAUCUGCUGCGCACGAGUUCAGUCUCAUUCCCACAGUCUUGAUCUUGUUGAAGAGGUUAGAAGUCAAAUCUUCCGGGACUCGGGGGCGUCUUCAAUCAGCUCUGACAUUUCUCACCUUGGUCGGACACCAUUUCACGUUUUUUAACACUACAAACUUAAUUAUUGUCUCCAGAAGUUGCUGCUUUUCACACAUUAACACUUCCUUCCAGGCUCAAUCCAACACUAUGCAACUUUGUACAUUUUGCGUAGCGAGAAUUUUAUCUGAUACACUGGUGCUAAUAAUUAUUUCAAAUGUUAUAUUUUUGUGUGAAUGUUUUUUAUCAUGACAUAGAGUGAGGAAUUUGUUAUUUUGUGUAAAUAUAUGCGUAAAUGAUUCAGGACUGGCUGAUUUUUAAGAACUAAAAAACUCCAACAUGCAAACAGCCGCGUUAAGUUCGAUCACAAUCAAUCAAGUGAAACCUCCAGGUUAAAUAUCUAUAAAUAUCUAUGAUAACGUCUGUGGUAUGUUAUUAUAAUAUGCUUGCUUGUAUACAAGGCUCCGUGUUGCUGCCUUAUAGCGAUGCCAAUACUUCAUUUGUGUUUUAUUGAUUCUCUGUGAGUUUUCACAAGUUAAAUCAACCUAACUGAUGCUUUUUUUUUUUUUGUUUUGACCCUUUUACCGAUCAGGAUGUUUUAAAGCCUCACCAGGAGCUCAUUCAGUAGUUUUAUUUAGUGUUUUUGUGCCUUAAUAUAAAGUCCCUACGAGGUCGUCCGAGUUUUGUUGUCUCACUCCGACCUCCUCGUGUCGGUACUGAAGCAGGGUUUUCUAGAAAUCAGGUCCUUUGGUUUUAAAAACUCUCCUCUGGCGGAUGAAGUCAGGGAGAGUCGAUGUUCACGUCGUUUUAUUUCUGCCUUUAUUCUCCUCCCUCCAUCCAGACGGCCGCUCUGCAGGCUGUGCAGCGUUCACAGACGUGAUGUAUAAACAGUAUUUUAAGUUAUAAUGUACCCGUUAUUUGUGUUGUAACCUGUAGACGUGUAGCUGCACAGCCUGCAUCGUGUUUCCAUCCCUGCGAGGACCUGAAUCUAACCUGUUUGUUCCCACGUGCCUGUAAAUCCAAACGUAACAUUUGAAUAAUAAAAAAUUACUACAGGAAACACUG